CGGACCGUCAUUAGGGGUAAAGAUGGCGGCUGCGCCUUCUUGCUUCUGAAGAGACGUAAGGAGUGACGUCACGACAUCCGCAGAGCCAGACCCGGAAGUGUUGGUUAUGUCUGCAGGCUGGAGAUACCUGGCCCUGGAUCCUGAUCGCUAUGGAUACAGGAAAAACAUGCAUUGGCCUUUACUGUGGUAAACCUGUUCUUUAUUCAAAUGGGUCAAAUGAAACCUAUGGAGAAUGUGGGGCAUGCCCUCGAGGUCAGCGGACCGAUCCUUUCAGCGUUUGCCGCCAGUGCUCAGGGUCUCCUUUGCUUUAUGACUGGCUGUAUUUAGGAUUUAUGGGCAUGCUUCCACUUAUCUUACACUGGUUCUUCAUUGAGUGGUAUUCUGGUAAAAAGAGUUCUAGUGCACUUUUCCAGCACAUCACAGCCUUGUUUGAAUGCACUGUAGCUGCCCUGAUAACCUUACUUGUCAAUGAUCCAGUUGGAUAUCUACACAUUCGCUCCUGUGGAGUGGAAAAACUUUCAGAUUGGUAUACAAUGCUGUAUAACCCCAGCCCGGACUAUGUCAACACUGUGCACUGUACACAAGAAGCCGUCUAUCCUUUGUACACAAUCGUCUUCAUUUACUAUGCAUUCUGCUUGGUGUUGAUGAUGCUGCUCAGACCUCUUUUAAUUAAGAAGAUCGCCUGUGGGUUAGGGAAGUCAGACCGGUUUAAAAGCAUCUAUGCAGCACUGUAUUUUUUCCCAAUCCUGACUGUGAUACAGGCUGUAGGAGGUGGAUUACUGUAUUAUGCCUUCCCCUACAUCAUUCUGGUGUUAUCGCUAAUAACGCUGGCUGUGUAUAUGUCUGCAUCAGAGAUAGAGACUUUUAAGGAUCUCCUUGUGAGGAAGAAACGUCUGGUUGUUCUCUUUAGUCACUGGUUAAUUCAUGCCUACGGGAUAAUCUCCAUUUCUAGAAUGGAUAAACUAGAACGAGACUUGCCUCUCCUUGCACUGGUUCCGGGGCCUACACUCUUUUACUUGCUUACUGCUAAAUUUACAGACCCAUCAAGGAUACGUCUGGAAGAAGGUAGUGGACAUUAACCUGGGUGUAAACAUGGCUAAAUAAACUGAACUCAGAUACCAUGAAGCUGGAUGACUGAGAUGCAUCAGCAUUCCUGGAUAUAUGUGCAAAGGCACCAAAGGCAAUACAAUGGAGACAGCCAUUAUGUUGGAACACAAUGACUUCCCAAGCAGCCAAUGAAAAUUCAUUUUACCUGUUGCCUUCACAGGAUUGGAGCAUUUAAUUUGCAAAUCAGCAUUCACCCGAUGCAUAGGGUUUCUAUGCCUUGAAGGGCCGCACUCUCAUUAAAGGGCUUCCCCUUUGUUUAUACUGUUUUUUUGUUAUUAUGUUUGUGUGUUAUGUGUGUAUAAGUAUGUGUUUUUUUAUGUGUGUUGUGAUUAUAUAUACAGUAUAUGUAUUUUCUUAC